AGGUGCAGGAGGUUCUAGCUCUUGCAAACCGCUUUGAGGCGCCUCACACUGGGCAGGAGGUUCAGACUCCGGCGAAUCGCUUUGAGGCGCCUCAAACGUUGCAGGAGGUCCAGGUUCCGGCGAAUUUCUUUUUGAAUAGAUGGGCGAGUUUGGGCCGGAGUAACAGGGAGUCGGAAACGGCAGCUGGAGGAUCGCUUGUAGCAGCACUCACAGCAACAGGAAGAGGAGCACCCACAGCAACCACAACAACAGCCGGAGCAGCAGCAGCAGCAGCAGCACCAGAACCAAUAGUACCACCACCAGCAGCGGCAGCAGCAGCAGCAGCAGCAGUAGGAAGGGAAGGGGCUUUGCCAGUGCCAAAGGUUUUGGUGAAGCAGGAAAGAGAGGAGGGGCUGACUGCCUUUGAGUCGGGUCAAAGGAAAAGAGAGGAGGGGCAGGGUGCUGGAGGAGGGAAGCAGGUAGGGUUGGGAAUGGAACGAGGGUAUACCUCGGGUGGACCUAGUGGUGCUGAUGCUGCUGGUGGCUCUGCUGCUGCCCCUGCUGCGGCCCGUGCUGCCGCCUCUGCUACAGCUGCUGGUUUAGGUGGUGGGUCUGCUAGUGCCCCUGCCGCUGCUGCUGAUACUAUGGGGGUUGAGGCUAAGUGGUGGCGGCGGGUGUCACUUCAACUGGAGGACGCAGGGCUAAGCGGCAGGCGGGAGGACACAGGGCUAAGCGGCAGGCGGGAGGACACAGGGCUAAGCGGCAGGCGGGAGGACGCAGGGCCAAGUGGCAGUGGCGUGGGGAGUGUGGGAGGG